GCACCUGCUCCUCCCCUCCUCUCUCAUUAUCCUCGGAGUCAGAGCAGCAGCAGUGAUGCUCCUCGGCGGGGCGGCGGCGGCGGCGCUCACCGGUGGUUUGCACCAAGGAAGGGCAGCAGCUCAUCCGGACCGGUUUACUGUUCUGGGGUUUGUUUAUUUUUCUUUUCUUCUUGCUUUAACUAAAUAAACAAACUGACUGAGUGACUGUGGGUGAUGCGGGAUUUCACCCGGGCUGGUGGGAGGGUUUGAGAAACCGGAUCGAGUCCCAUCAGAGAGCAGAGAAGCAGCAGAAGGAGGUGGAAGAGGAGGAAGAGGAGGAGGAGGAGGGAACAUUCUCCCGAUGGGACGGGGGUGACAAGGCGGAAGGUUUUUGUUUUGUUUUGGUCCAAACGCUAAGGAAAAUAACGUUACGGAUUUAAAGAGAUCACGGACUCGGGCAGAGGCAGUUGGAGUUGUCGGUGAUGACUGAGAGUGGAUGAGAAGGCGCGCGGUGAAACUUCAGCCUCACCAUGAAAUCCGUGCUUUUGAGCCGCUUUCUGAUCCUGCUGCCCUGGGUUCUGAUCGUCAUCAUCAUGAUCGACAUCGACAUCAAACGGACCAUCUGGAUCCCCGUGGCCGGGCGCAGCAGCAGGGCUCUGCAGCAGCAGCAGCAGCAGCAGCAGCUGCAGCCGCGGGUGGCGCGGACGGGCGCACCGAGGGUCACCCAGAGCCAGAAUCAGAAUCAGUCCGCCCUGCCGGUCAUCUACGCCAUCACCCCGACUUACACCCGCCCGGUGCAGAAAGCCGAGCUGACCCGGCUGGCACAAGCCUUCCGCCAGGUGGCCCGCUUCCACUGGAUCGUGGUGGAGGACUCCACGACGCGCACGGAUCUGGUGUCCCGGUUCUUGGCGCGGAGCGGCGUGUCGUUCACGCACCUGCACGUCUACACGCCCCGCAGAUACAAACGCGCCGGAAUGCCCCGGGCCACGGAGCAGAGGAAUCUGGCCCUGACGUGGCUCCGCCAGCACCGGACCAAGAAAGACCCCGGGGUGGUCUUCUUCGCGGACGACGACAACACCUACAGUCUGGAGCUGUUUGAAGAGAUGCGCAGCACUCGUGGUGUAUCCAUUUGGCCCGUGGGCUUCGUGGGUGGCAGAGCUUACGAGCGCCCCGUGGUGUCUGGAGGUAAAGUCGUGGGCUGGUACACGGGCUGGAGACCAGACAGAUCCUUCGCCACAGACAUGGCCGGUUUCGCCGUAAACCUCCAGGUGAUUCUCGCCAACCCGAGGGCCCUCUUCAAACGCCGCGGCUCUCAGCCUGGGAUGCAGGAGUCCGACUUCCUCAAGCAGAUCACCAAGGUCACUGACCUGGAGCCCAAGGCCAGCAACUGCACCAGGGUCCUGGUCUGGCACACUCGAACAGAGAAACCUCACCUCACCAAUGAGCCCAGUCAUCGAAAGGACACCAUCGUCAUUGAGGUGUGAGGUGUAGGAGCAGAAGGAGGAGCAGAAUCUGCUGUCGUCCUGGAGUUCUUUUUCUUCAACUCAGUCUGGUCAGGACAGACUCAGACUCAGACUGAGAGGAACUGCAUGAUUUAAGACAUCUGGAUGUCUUUCAAAACAUUUCUGGGUGGUGGUGGGAGGUGGUGGGGGGGCGGGGUGCACGGACCUGGAC